AUGCUCGAUACCAUCGAGCCGCAGCGCUACAUUCCCUUGUUCGGCUUCAGCGGCCUUGGGUUCCAGCUGCAAAAUGUGCUGCAUCAGAGCCACUUCAAGGCCUCUUCCUCCCUCCUCUCCUCAGGCAGCAGCGCGACCUCGAGCUCGCCCAACCCAUCCACUGGCCUUGCAACUCCCACGCUCUCUUCAUCGAAUGCUUCCGAUUCGACAUCCGAGCUGCUAGACAUCGAUCAGGGCCCUGAGCGUUACGCCGCCUAUUUCAUGCGUCUCAAAACUGUCAUCAUCGCCUCUUCCAGAUACGUAGCUUACACCUCGGAUAUCGGAGAAGCCUUCCGUCCGUUGACGAAGCCCGCCGUCGUCAAGGCGGCCUACGGCAUCUCGUGGACCUACAUCCUCGGCGACGUCUUUUACGCCGGCUACAAGGCUGCCAAGCAGUACGAAGCGCUUGCGUCCACCACCUUCACCUCCUCCUCCGGACCCUUGCAAGAACUUGAGACCGAAGCGGCUCGCUAUGCCGACAAAGCUCUCUCGUCCGUCAAACAGAACCUGCCGCUCGAAAAGCUCCUUGAUCACAAGACCCUCUCCACCCUCUCGCCCACCGAAAAGGUCGAGCUGCGCAAGCGUCACACGCAACGUCUGGCCGAAGCGGGGCAGCACGCCGGUGUGGACCCGAACCAGAUCUCGGAAGUCACGCAUGUCGGAUUGACCAUGGCCAGGCAGGCCGUGUUCCAAAGCAUCGCAUCUAUGGCCCUCCCUGCGUUUACGAUCCACAGCAUCGUCCGCUACUCCGCCCCUCUCUUCGCCAAGGCCAAGAGCCAGCGCAUUCGUGCGGCCGGACCAACUGUCGCGGGACUCAUGUUCGUUCCCGCCCUGCCAUUCCUCUUUGACGAACCGGUAGAGCACGUCAUUGAUUUUGCGUUCGAUUGGAUUCAGGAGCGGAUCGGCGGCGGACCCAGGGCCGCGCAUAAGGUGGUGGAGGCGGCAAAGGAGAAGAUGCUCUGA